UCGAGUUUAAUUGUUUCCCUGCUUCAGCCGUGCUCGAGCGCGGCUUCAAACGUUCAAAUAUUCCCGCGGGUACAGUCGUUCGAGAUCUCGAUUCGAACUCGAUACGGCAGUCGACGGUCGACAAGUUCACAUGGUUCGAAUGAUGAUUUUUUUGACAGAUGAUUUUUACCCAGUUCUUUGAAAACACUUGUGAAUUAUGUCAAGCAUUUUCUGCAGACUUUGUAGUCGGACCUGUGAUGAAUAUGUAAAUGUUUUCGAUCAAGAGGGUAUACAUCGGUCGCUGAAGUCUAAAAUGGACUCCUGUUUGAAAAUUUCGGUCUUAAAAGAUGACGUCUUACCGAAGUCGGUUUGUACACCGUGUUGUUCUAAAUUGGAUAAGUCAUACGAAUUCUUUGAGAUUUCACAAAAUGCUCAAUUAUUAUUAGAAAAAAUAUAUCAUUCUGAAAAAAGGAUUAAUAAAAGUGUUGGCAAUGAGAUCAAGAAUUUUACAAUGACGGAUAGCGAUAAUGAAAAUGCUAGUAUUUCUGAAACCCAAGUGCAUCCUAAAAGAAAAAAGUAUAAACAUAAAUCAACGUUACAAGAUGUUCCUGUAAAUCCACGGUUUUCAGAAUUAUUCCACGGUUACCCAUGGUCCUGCACAAUUUGUGAAGAAGCAAACAUGAAUUCACCGCAGGAAAUGUGCGAACAUUACAAGACAAAGCACAACGAGAUUCCAACGUUUAGGUGUAUUACAUGUGGAAAGCGGUACAAUUUAUACAGGAGCUUCGUCAGACAUUUCAAGAUGCACAGAGAUUCUAGGAAAUACAUUUGCACUAUCUGUGGUAAAUCAUUUGGUCAAAAAAGGAUAUUACGAUCUCAUGCAACAGUUCAUAGCCAUGAAAAACCACACAAAUGCUCGACAUGUGGGAAAGCAUUUAAAAAUUCCAGUUCUCUUUACGUUCAUUGCAAAACACACCAACCAGAUGAAGUUAAAGAAAAAUUCUCUUGUGAAUUCUGCCAAAAAGAAUUCUCAACAAAACAUACUUUAGAAAUCCAUAGAAGGGUUCACACAGGAGAGCGUAAUUUCAUGUGCGACAUUUGUGGCAAAUCGUUCAUAGCUAAAGGAUCUCUAGUUUAUCACCUACAGGGCCAUGACGACACAAAACAUACUUGUUCAACCUGUGGAAAAGCUUUCAAAACUUCAAGACUUCUAACAAAGCACUUGUCAUUGCAUUCAGUAAUGAAGCCUCACCAGUGCGAUGCUUGUGGAAAACAGUUUCGUGAACGUAGUACCUUGAAAGAACAUUCUCGUAUACAUACAGGGGACAUGCCAUAUGGAUGCGAGCAUUGUGGCAAGCGUUUCCGAUUUGCAGGAAUUUUAACGGUAGGCAAACGUACAUAUGUCAAUAUUAAAUUAAUGCAUGUCAUACUUUCUCUAAAAAAUCGUUUGUGUCAUUAUUUACAGGUACACCGAAGACAACACACAGGCGAGAGACCUUAUGCAUGUGCGGAAUGUAAACGUUCUUUUACUAAUUGGGCUAAUUAUAAUAAACAUAUGAAACGUAUACAUAAUUACGAUACAAGCAAUCCAGAAAACAGUAGAAGACGUGCUGCCCUUAGAGCUAUUUUAAACACAACGAUUGCUGAUACUCCAAGUGUUAUUGUUAAUAAAACCGAAACAACAGGAGAAGGUACUGGUAUCACAUAUCAGGGUUCUGACACAUAAGUAUUUACAUUCUGGUUUUAAAUACAUAUCGGUACGAUUAUUGCACGAUUAUUGUGCCAAUGGAAUAAAUCACAUUCCUUCUCUUUUCA